AUGGAUGCAGGUAAUGAGUCUUCAAAUGUGGAUUUCCUCCUCCUGGGCCUCUUCCCUGGGAUGAAACAUAUCAACUUCCUGGUGUCUGCCACCCUCCUAAUCUAUGGAGUGGCUCUCACUGCAAACUCCAUGUUGAUCCUUCUCAUCUGGGUGGACUCUCAACUCCACACACCCAUGUAUUUCCUGCUUGGCCAGCUGGCUCUCAUGGACCUGACAUUAAUUUCUAGCAUUGUACCCAAGAUGGCAACUGACUUCUUUUCAGGGAAGAGAAACAUCUCCCGGGUGGCUUGUGGGACUCAGAUCUUCUUCUUUCUUACUCUAGGAAUUGCUGAGUGUAUCCUCAUCACCCUCAUGGCCUAUGACCGGUAUGUGGCCAUCUGCAACCCUCUGAGAUAUGCCCUCAUCAUGAGCCCCAGGGUCUGCCUGCAGAUGGCUGCCAUCUCAUGGGCUGGAGGUGCCUUUACCUCCCUCGCACACACAGCCUAUGCCAUGCACUUCCCCACCUGUGGUUCCAGAGAGAUUUCCCACUUCCUCUGUGAGGUUAUGGCCAUCCUAAAACUGGCCUGUGAAGACAUCUCUGCCUAUGAGAAGGCUGUUGUAGUGACAAGCAUUGUGGUACUCCUCAUUCCACUGUCCUUCAUACUGGCCUCUUAUGCUCUCAUCUUCCUUUCUGUCCACCGAAUAAGUUCCACUGAGGGUAGGAACAAAGCCCUGGCUACAUGCUCCUCCCACCUGACAGUGGUGAGCCUCUACUUUGGUCCAGCCAUGCUGGUCUACAUGAGGCCUACUUCCUACCACAGACCCGUACUGGAUCAGGUCCUCUUCAUGCUUGGUCCCAUCCUCACCCCUAUGAUGAACCCUCUUAUCUACAGUCUGAGGAACAAAGAAGUGGUGUGUGCUCUGAAAAAGGUCUUGGGAUAUUGCCUAACCUCAAGUUAG